ACCCUACCGAUAUGUCAUAUUCGCAAAAUAACGUUUUUACAAAAGCUGAGCUACAAGAGAUAGAAACUCACAAUAAAUGUGGGUUACCCAAAUUUCCGGACCUUUUGGAAUAUCUAAUGACCUUUGCAAAAGAGUAUGAGACAGGAUCACUAAGGAAAAACCAUAGUGAGCAAUGGUAUAAUAUGCACCUCUGGUGCGCUAUUGUCGAUAGAUGUUUCUCAGAUGUCGAUAAUAUGGACCCAAUUCGUGGAGAGUCCUGUAGUAUUGCAUCUGAUUUGGAAUUCGGUGGUAGAGAAGCUGGAAAAACUUAUAAAACUGACAAGGGCACUGAAUGGCUCGUGGAAAGCGGUCUCAAGCUGCUGAAAACAUUAAAAGACAUGUUUGUGCAAUUGGGACAUGAAGUUGAAUGGUCAACAACAAUUUUAUGUAGUUUGACAACAGGCUAUAUGUGUCGUUUUAGUCGAGUAAAGUCUAUAGAGUCACUGAUUCCAAUACCACACACAUCUCUGCCGUUAAUUGUAGCAACCUGGAGAGCUAAG